GCGCCCAACUGCGGGCGCAGCCACCUCGUCCGAACCCGGAAGUGGAGCCCGCGCGGAAGCAAACCGCCGACCCAGCUUCGAGCGGCGGCGAGGAGGAAAGCCGGAGCUCGAAUUCCCCGAAGGGAGCUUUUAUAUAACCCCCUAUAGUGCGCGCGCCUUAUUGUAGCCAGCGUGGGGCGAGGGAGGAGCAGCCCUCUCCCCGACCCAACGGCUCCCCCCGUUUGGGCAUUGAAGACGUCGUCGUGACGUCAGGCCCCCGGUUGCCAGACCCCGGCGCCCGAGCCCCCCUCCUCCUCGUUGCCGGUGCUCGCACUCUCCCCGCGCUCGCUGUGCCAAACUCGCGCAGAGACCGCGGCUUGGGUUCAACGACCUCUCACAGAAAAGACCCAGUCUGCGAGCGUGCGGCCGCUUCAAAGCGAGUACAGCCUGUGGACCCGGGCCGGCGACUUUUGCGCGCUGCUGGUCAGCCCUGCGAGCUCUGGAGACCCACUGAUCUGGCCAUGCCGGUGUUCCUGGACGAGGAAGCGGGACGCUUGCGCGCCGAGAGGGUGCUUCGCGCUCCGGGCCCGAUGUGAAUGGACGGCAUGGCCCGGACUUGGCUGCUGCCAAUUCUACGAGACGACGCCGCACUGCAGCCCCGAGUCGCCGUGCCGGGAUGAAGGAGGCCCCGGGGCCCGCGGAGGAGCGCCGCUGAGACGCCUUCCAGCCCGGGGCCGACCCAAGGCCAGAGUCGAACCGAGCGGAAAGCUGGAGCUCAUACGGAGGAAGUAUGCUCCCCCCGCUCCUGCACAGGCUACUGUUUAAGAUGAGCCUAUUCCACGACAUCAAACUCAAGCGACGGAAAGUGGACUCGCGUGGCAGCAGCGAUGGAGAGAACAACGGCGAUGUGAACACCUCGUCGCCUGAGCCGCCGCCGCCGCCGCUGCAGCAGCAGCAGCAGCAGUCGUCACCGGCUCAGCAGCAGCAACAGCCACUGUCGCAGCCGUUGCAGCAACAGCAGCAACAGUCGCAGCAGUCGCAACAGCAGCAGCAGCAGCAGUCGCAACAGUCGCAGCAGUCGCAGCAGUCACAGCAGUCACAGCAGCAGCACCAGCACCACCAACAGCACCAGCCGCAGUCGCAACAGUUGCAACAGUCGCAGCAGCCAGUGGCGGCAUCGUCGUCGUCAGGGACAACCGCGUCAUCGUCGUCGUCGUCCAGCGGUGCCGCGGCCCCUGGACCUCCAACGCGACGCGCGGACGAGUCCCCGCCUCCUCAGGGCUCUGGCCGGCUAGCGGCUCCGGCUGACUCGGACGACGACGAGCGGCGCGCGGGACCAGCAGCCAGUGCAUGGACGCCGGACUCGAGCGCCUUCAACAGGCCCAAGGAAGACGAGAACCUGUCAGUGGUGCGGCGCAUGUACAGGCCCGCACCGCAGGUGGUCAGCUGGCCGGCAGGCGCACCGGCAGCCGCUACCGAGGUGAGCCGCGAGGGCUACGCACCGCCGUUCCCGGCCGCUGCCUUCCAGCGGUCGCCCAUCUUCUACCGGCGCGCAUCCUCGUCGGCCGCCGCCGGCUCCGAGGAAGAGGCCAGCUGGCGCCGGGACGAGAACCCGGAGCCAGCCUGGGUCGACAAGUUGCCGGACUCGCAGGCGCUGAACCUGUGCGUGGCCGCCGGCGUGACGCCGUCCACGUCAAGGGGAGGCGCCGAUGAAGAGGACGACCAGCCUAUGGUGUGCAUGAUCUGCGAGGACAAGGCGACAGGUCUGCACUACGGCAUCAUUACCUGCGAAGGGUGCAAGGGAUUCUUCAAGCGGACCGUGCAGAACAAGCGUGUGUACACGUGCGUGGCUGACGGCAACUGCGAGAUCACCAAGGCCCAGAGAAACCGGUGCCAGUACUGCCGCUUCCAGAAGUGCCUACGACAAGGCAUGGUCCUCGCAGCUGUUCGAGAAGACCGAAUGCCCGGUGGAAGAAAUUCAGGAGCGGUGUAUAACCUAUACAAGGUCAAGUACAAGAAACACAAGAAGGGCCCCAAGAACGGCCAGCUGAUGCUUCGCCAGGAGCCGGCGCCGGGCGUCAAGCCGCCAGUGGCGGCCAAGUCCCCACCGGCCGACGCCGCCGCUGCUGCCGCCACUGCCAAGGGUCCCUCGCCGCUGAUGCUGCAGGGUCCCAAGGCGCUGCUACCGCUCGUCUCGGCCGCGGCCGCCACCACGGCGAGCGCGACGACCACGUCGACGAGCAGCACCACGACCACGACAACGACGACCACUAACGGCGUCCUCUCGUCGUCGCCAAGGUACCACCAAAGCUCGGACUGGGUGAACGGUGGCAUCCUGAAGACGGCGUUGACGAGCCCAUCCGAGGUGAUGCACCUGCGGCACGCCGUGCUCGAGCAGCAGCCACGGGCGGACCGGCGCACGCUGAGUGCCGAGCAGGCGGCCGCCAUGAUUGAGCAGCUGAUCGAGUGCGACGACUUCGAGGAUGUGGCGACGCUCAACAACAUGCGCGACCUGCUCAACGACUGGGAGGACCUGUCGCGCAAGCUCCGCCAGAUCGCCGACAAGAUCGUGCACAAACUGGUGCAGUGGACCAAGCGGCUUCCGUUCUACGCCGAGAUUCCGUUGGCCGUGCACACGCAGCUGCUGGCGCACAAGUGGCACGAGCUGGUCGUGCUCACCACGGCCGCCUACCAGGCCAUCCAGCUGCCGGCGCGCGUCGCCCCCUCGUCCUCGUGCUCGUCGUCGGGCUCGUCCGACGGCGGGCCCCACUCGCCGCCGGCCGACGUGAGUCGCGAGACGGCCGCCGCGCUGUGCGAGCUGCAGCGCACGCUGGCCGCGCUCAUGGGCCAGCCCGUCACGCUCGUGCAGUUGCCCAACGAGGCAGUGCCCCUGGUCGACCAGAUGACCGGGCUGGCUAGCGAGCUGCGCAAGGCGCGGCUCUGCCUCGAAGAGUACGUCUGCCUCAAAGUGGUCAUCAUGCUCAGCUACGAGGACCCGAACCAGCGGCAGCUCGAGAGCAUACAGGAACGCUACCUGGCCGCGCUGCGUGUGUUCACCGAGCAGCGGUUUCCCAACCAGAGCUCACGCUUCACCGAGCUUCUGGCGCGGUUACCGGACAUCCAGGCGGCCGCCGCGCUGCUGCUACACAGCAAGAUGUUCUACGUGCCCUUCCUCCUCAACUCGUCCAUCACCAGAUAGUCUCGCGGGAUGCCGUCCCGCCUGUGUGUGAUACCAGAGACUGUGCCGCCCGAUUGCGCGGGGCCCCGCCGCGCUCGCGAGCGCCCGCCGUCGCCACCUCGCCACACCUCUCGGCCCACAUCGGGACCAA